CCUACUCUCGCAUAGUCAGGCGCAUCUCAAACAAGUUUCAAAUCAUGCGCUUCGGGAUCUUGAAAAACUUCGGAACGUCAGUUUCGCGUCAGCCAUCCCUACUAAAAACUAUGAGGAUUUUAUCAAAGCUCAUUCGAAAUCUGCAGGAAUUGCAUAGAAAAGGACGAGAUGUAAUGUGGGAUAAUACAAUUCCUUCGAAGAUUGUUGAGGUGGAAUAUGAUUGUAUGUCUGAACCGUUCACAAAACCCAAAUUGUCCAUACUGAAAAAAAGUAUCACCAUGGACACUUUUAAAUGCAUUACAACAGACCUGGCAACACAGUUAGAUAGAGUCACAACAAAGGUUUGUGGAAAGUCCCAAGCUUAUAAUGUGGUGGAUGACUUAAGUUUGGGGGAGUGUGAAAUUUUCAUUGCCAGAUGGUCUGAGGAUCUGAAGUGUUUGCGUGGAAAAUACAGAAGACACCUAGGCAAGAUAUCCAAUGUUGAGAGAUUCAGAAUGAGUCUGGAAGGUCUAAACACCAGAGAAGAUAAAGUUCAGAAACUGACAGAAGCUCAUAAAGAUUUUUACUGGUUUAUUUAUAUUUUGAAGUCACUUCCAAAGUCCUCAGUGUGUCAAGAAGGACGUGCUAGAGUAGAGCUGUUGAAUCUUUACAGACUGUGGAAGAAAGGACAGCUGAUCAGCAUGUUUCCUAUCAUGGACUUUAUCAUGAAGACACUACUCAAGGAGAAGGAUUCCGUUUUAAAACAGAGGCUUCAACAUAGAUCAGCAUUGAUGGAAACAGGUUCAUGUGUACCACUGGAAUUUAAACUUCAUCUUCUAAAAGAUUUAAUAGUGAAAUUCUCACUUUAGCAUUAAUGCACCAUCUGUGUGAUCAAACGGAAUGACAGCUCUCAAAGAAUGGGAGCCUGAGUGGGCCAAGAACCAUCACAAACAAUAGUAACAAACUUGCACAAAAAGCCGAUACAGCCUGCUUGGAAGAACUAUAGACCUUAUUCAGAGCAGCGCCAUGACAGGUAUGAAAGUGAGGCUGUGAGGGAUAGACUUGUAAGGAAACAUUCUUAAAAAAUAAACAAAAAAAUAAAAUAAAGGACAUUCCCUUGACUGGAGUAAAAUCCCCUAAUGACGUGACUGUGAAUGAGUAUGAGUAAAUAUUUGCAUAAAAAGUCAGAAUAGGUUUUUUAUUAUUUUAUUUUUUUUAUGUAAUAUGUUUAGAAAAUGAAAAAUAUGUUAAUGUGAAGCCACUGUACUGCAUAUUUGACAUUUAGAGAGCCAAAUGUGAAUGUAUGUAUUGGUUUCAACUGUCCCUGCACUUUCAAUUUCAUUAUGAAUUCUUCGAUAUGGUUUCUUGUAAAUAGCAACUAUAAUGAUCACAGUUAUGCAUUGACACUCUGUACUUGUAAAGCACCAAUGUAUUCAAGUGUUGCAGUGCAACAGCUCUAAAGCCACAGUAACCUUAUAGGUUAGGCACUUAUGAAAAGUCUUAACAGUUUACUGCUAGUAGUUUGGCAAAUUAGACUAGAGUAAAUCAAAUAGGUCAGAAAAAGUAUUUUGAAGGUGAAAAAGUUAGCUGCCAAUGCAAAAUCACAUGAUAUAUUAAUAAAUGAAAAUAUUUUGACACAUUUGUUUACUUCAGGUAUGUGGGUUAUUUAAUGUGGGUAUAUUUUUUACUUUCAGUUUCUCUUUUUGGGACUGUGGUUGUUAAUUAUUUUCUGUGUAUUAUCAGAAGGUUUUAAUUAAAUAAAUAAAAAUACACAUUUUUAUUAAAAUUGA